AUGCUAAAGUCUGACCAGGACAAUUGCUGCACCACCGAAUCGCAGGUUUUCCAGGCCGCCUCAACCAUUGGGCAAAUACUCUUGCCAGGAACUGAUCAGGUGGUGAACACGACGUAUAGUACCGUUUUGCCAGACUCAGCAAAGGACCACAGCGGCGUCGUCGGGGGUGUCGUCGGUGGUAUUCUCGGCGCCGCUCUCAUCGCUUCCCUCAUUGCCCUGUUCAUGGUGUUACGAAGCCGGAAGUCCUUGCGAAACGACUACAGCAGCCUCCAGCAAGACCGGGAUACAUUGCUGCAACAGGGGUUCAACGAAAAGGCUGCCCUUCAACAAGAACUCGAGCAACAGAGACAGGCAUAUCAACAGUAUCACAUGGCUCAAGCCCCCACGUAUACGCAAGCACAACAAUAUCCUGCAGCUUAUUAUCAGCCUUCCGCAGCCCUUCCGAUGUCAACGCCUACAGAUUCUCACGGAUAUCCCACCGAGGUGUCGGGCCUGACAAGGCCUGUUGAGAUGGACACCAUGAGAGGAGCUAGUGAGUUGUCGGACGAGACAGCCUCUCAGAAAGCGGAAAGGAUUGAGGGGUCGCCGAAGAAGGCUGAUUAA